AUGUCCGACGACGACGACGACGACGGCGCGCCGCUGUGCUGCGGCGAGAUCCUCGCCCGCGUCGCGAUCGACGGCCACGACGCCCUCCGACUGCUGACGAUCGACUGCGGCGGCGACGCGCCGCUGAAGAUCGCGACGAACGCGCCGAACGUCGACGUCGGAAAGAAAAUCGUCGUCGCGCGCGCGGGCGCGACGCUGCGCGACGGCACGCGCGUGACGGCGCGACGCGUCGGCGGCGUCGUGAGCGAGGGCGUCGUGUGCGACUCGACGAUGGUCGGGUGGUCGGGCGGCGGCGCCGGGACGGCGGCGCUGCUGCCGAGGGAUCACGCGGUGGGCGCGCGAGCGCCGAAGACGCGGCCGCGACUGGACGGGAAGACGACGGACGAGGGGGCGCGAGACGCGGCGGCGAGGGAAACGCAAAAGGCGAGGGAGAGGGAGGAGAAGAAGGCGGCGCUGGCGGCGAAGCGCGCGGCGAGGGACGCGAAGAAAGCGGCGAAGAAGGAUGGGGAAUCGUAA